CAUUUAUCUUAUCUUUGUAUUGCCAGCUCUGUGUUUGGUCACCUACUCGGUUUGGCCAUCUUAGUUACUGUCAACAUCAGCAAACUGGAACAACUUCAUGUCCCUGUUAUCAGCAGUAGAACAAUUGACUGAGUAUUUAUUGUUGAGAUCUGAUACCAGUUUAUUGCUUCUUCAAUCCUUGGCAAUGGGAUCAUCAUACCUGUAUCUUCUGCCUCUCACGGUCUUCGUACUCUUCCCUGCUACCUUCAUUAUCACGUACACCAUAUCAGUUUUGCUGCACCAUACUGAGCCAGACUUUCCAUACAUCAGUGAUACAGGAACAUACUCCCCUGAGAGCUGUAUCUUUGGCCAAGCCCUGAACAUAGGGGCUUUUGCUAUUCUUGUUACCAUCUACGUUCGGUUUCGACAAAUAGCUGAACUUUAUCGUAACCAUUCUUCAUCUUCCAACAUUGUGAGGCUAAAUCGAAUGGGUUUGUUCAUAGGUUCUCUGGCAGCAUUUGGUAUAUCAAUUGCUGCAAACUUUCAAGAAACCAAUGUGUUCUUUGUUCAUAUAACUGGAGCCCUGAUGGCAUUUGGCCUUGGUACUGGAUAUCUUUGGGUUCAGGCAAUGUGUUCGUAUCAGACUCACCCGCUUGUCAACAGUCUAGCAAUGGCCCAUGUACGUUUGGGCUUGGCAGUGGUGGCAGCAGUGUUCUUUUUUAUAGGCUGUGUAUGUGCCAGCAUUGCCCAUGCUCAGUUUAAUGGUAAUGAUCCAACAAAGUGGUACCCUGAAGAUGGAGGCUGGGGUUUCCACGUUGCCAGUACAGUGUCGGAGUGGGUGUGUGCUGGAACCUUCAAUCUUUUCAUGCUCACUCUUGUAGACGAGUUCAAAUGUAUUUCUAUGGAUCCUCCCCAGGUGUAUGUAUCUGUGGAGACACUUGCCCCUACCCAGUACAGUGGCAUCGGGGAAUCUGAUCAAACAAAUGAUGAUGUGCAGGCUAUAUUAUCAUCGCAAUCAUAUAUUACCUGAGGAAUACCCUCCCAGUCAGCUAGCUGUGUGCCUGCUGGCUGCUUCUCUGGGGGGGUAGGAAGGGUAAAUAUUUAUGCGAGCCAAAUGUCGGACAUAGGGGAUGAUGAAAAUCAGCAGGAAAUCAGUGCUAUCAAGUGGCCAUGGAGUGG